CGUGCGCAUGUACGACUGAGCUGAGCAGGAUUGGAGAUCCGUGACCCAACCCCAAGCUGGGCACAUCCUCUCCAACUUGCUCUAGCGACAUAUGCAAGGACUAAAACCGCCUCCGCCAUAGUGGUUCGCUUGCAGGGGAAACCCGAGGCCGCGGCCCACUGCGAAAAGGAGCUCUCCUCUUGCAUGCAUGCGACCACCAAUUUACCCUAAAUAUUGAUCAGCUUUAUAUAAAGCUGCAUCAACAUGGCUUCAACAUCGUCGGUGAUGGAGAUUCCGAUUUCAAAGCAUGCAAACGCUGAGCGCUCAGCCAAGGUUCCAUUGCUCCCGGUUUCACACAACCCUUAUUCAAAAUCUCAUGUUCCUACAAGGUGUAAUGACAAGGUCUCCUCUGUACCAAUAAUCGCCAAAUUCACCCUUGUCAUUUUUCUCUCCCUUGUCGCUCUUGCCAUUGUUGUAUUUUUGCCAUUAAUACGGAAGGAGCUUACUUUAGGCCCCCAAGCCCCCGUGGUUGAACUUUCCGCCUUAACCAUCCAUAAAUUCAACGUCUCUGAAACAAACCUGACGGCCGAAUGGGACGUCAAGUUGAAAAUUGGAAACCCUAAUCUUGUCUCUCAAAUUUGGUUCGACCGGAUCGAAGGCUUUGUUCUGUACGAAGACAGAACGCUGGCCAUCGAGCAGGUGGAGCCGUUCGGUCUGCCUAUGAAGACGAAGAACCAAGUGCGGCUCAGGCUUAGAAUGGCGAAUUGGGAAGGGGAUCAACCGGCGCUUAAACAAGGGAUGUUGAAGAAGAUGAAGAGGGAUAGAAAGCUUGGGGGUGUGAGAUUUAGUGUCCAGAUGGCAAUUUGGGCGACGUAUAGGAGUGUGUGGGGGCGGUCGGCGCAACGCGUGAUCAUGAACCCACAGUGUUUAGAUUUGCACGUUGCGUUCGUGCCGGGAGCCACCGCCAUAGGUUUUGGGAUUUUGAUUGGUGAUGUACCUAGGAGGUGCUAUGUUCCCAUGCUAGCUGAGUAAUAAUUAAUUUUGUCUUCUUUUAUUUUUUGUUGGUUUUCCUUAUAGAUGAUUGUAUUUUG